GUCCGCGAUCUCCAUCGCUUUGAGGGGCAGCAACAGCGAUCUUCUGAGGCUCAUGCUCCAAAGUGGGGCCGGCGUCGCCACCCACGGACGGGGUGAGACAUUGCUCCAUGCGCUCCCAGAGAGGUUGAUUCGGAUGGCUGCAUGGAACCACCAGGAGGAGAAGUCUGCCGCCGACAUCUUUGAGACUAUUUGCGCCUGCGUGCCAGCGGAUGCUCUGAAGGGCAUGGCCAGCACGAUGGAGCAAUUCGGCCUUCGUCCGCUCCACUCAGCCAUCUUGCACUUCAACCAGGCCAUCGCCGCCCUGCGUGCUGCCCGCGAGGCCAAGGCCGCAGAAAUGAGAAACCUUCAGAAGCAGCUGGAGGAUGCCACCAACAAGAGCCAGAGUACGACGAUGUCGCAGAUUCGCCACGCGAUUACUGCCAAGGAGCCUGAGCUCCAAGCGGCCGUGGCGACAGAGGAGGCCGGCCGGAACGAUUUCCAGAAGUUCCUCCAGUGGCUCAUGGACGUCGCUGGUGCAGACCUCCUGGUGCAGGUUGGCGAGCUCGAGAAACCCUGGAACGAGAUCGAGAAGCCGAAUGCUACCAAGACACCUCCCACGCUGCCUCCAAAGCUGUCGUCCACGAUCUGGUCGGUGUUUCCGCCCCACAAGGAUGUCCUUGAUCGCAGCGUUCCCGCCCACUCGCAGGAAGUCUACUUCAAGUACCACCCUGGUGUUGGCCUCGCUACGCCGCUCAUGUUCCUCAUCCAGAGUGGGGACUCACCGAGCGUGGCAUGGUUCUUGGAGGAGCUAACGAAAAGAGGCAAUCUGGAGGCCGCCCUGAAAAGUUCCACGCUCUUCGGAUUCACUCCCCUGGCCCUCGCCGUGCAGCAAAAGGGCGCCCCACUCUCCGAGAAUGUCGUCGCACGCCUUGCCUCUCCUGGCGCUGCAGCCGUCCGCCAGUUUGAUGGGCGCACUGCCCUGCACCUUGCCACUGCAGGCGGCCCGAGCAAUUGGUCUGGAAACCUUCGCGAAGGUGGCAAGGAUCCCCGGGCGGUGGCUUUCCAGGCAGCUCUUACUGCCGCCAAGGCGGCCGGAACCCUCAACGUCGCAGAUGCCUCCGGCCACACCGCUUUGUGCGCCGCCUUGUCAGCCAACGGUCCGGCCGCGCCCAAGCUCCUUCAGGAGUACCCGUUGGGUCUCUAUGGCGGCCUCUUCGCUGAGAAG